CACCGACGAGAGUUCAUUCACGACCCGAUGGGACCAGAGACAAAGAUUGUGGCGCCCAGAAAAGAGCCGUUACAGACCAGAAUAUCUCCAGCGAGUGGUUGCAAGUGGGUGUUCAGCAGUGUGCGUGUGGGGCCUCGUGACCAAAAAGGACUUCGUCCUCUAGUCCGCAUAGAGGACAGAUUCACGUCUGCCGCCUAUUGCUCAUUCCUGGACGACGUGAUGGUGUCCUACUUGCUCAAUGGGCCCUUCCCGGAAGGCGAUUACAUCUUCCAGCAAGACAACUCGCCCAUCCACACAUCCGGAAGGGUGACAAGCUUUUCGAGGAUCGUGGAAUCGACUCUCUAAGGUGGCCGCUCCAGACCAUAACAUUAUU